AUGCAACUUGAGACUGCCAGUCAAGGGUGGUUUGAAGAUGAGGAGGAUUUCCAAAAGAGACUUCAAGCUUCCGAAAGAGCUUGGAUGGCCAAGCUAAAACAAGCUAAUAGCAAGAAGAAAAAGCCCGCGUCUUCUACUGCGUCGGCUUGGUCAACUGCACCAACGCGACAAAAGGCAUCGGGCGGAACCAAAAAGGCCGCCAAACCAAAGCCCAAAGCCAAGGGCGGCAACGUGUUUGCUGCCAUGAUGAUGGACAGUGACAGCGACUAG